AACAAUCUUAAAAAUAAUUGAUAAAAUGGCGUUGAAUACAGAGAAAGUUCUGGCCAUGAAUGGCGGGCAAGGAAAGAGCAGCUAUGCAAGAAACUCAUCGCUUCAGGGCAAAUUUCUGCGUUUUCUUCAACCUUUUCUACAAGAAUGCAUUGCCCACAUGAACAUCACCCCAUGCAACAAGUUCGCCAUUGCAGAUCUGGGUUGUUCUUCUGGACCCAACUCACUUUUCAUUGCACAUACCAUCUCCACGGAAAUCCAAGAUAAAUACAUGGCGAUGAGUCUACCAAAACCAGAGUUGCAAGUAUUCUUUUCAGAUCUGCCCUCCAGUGACUUCAACUUGCUUUUCCAAAGCUUACCACCACCUCCCAAGGGAGACAAGCAAGAAGAAGAGGAAGAAGAUGAUAAUGAAAAGAAUGGUACAAUAAAAACUAGAUGUAACUACUUUGCUGCAGGAGUUGCUGGGUCCUUCUACAACCGUCUCUUUCCCAAGAAUUCUCUCCAUUUUGUUCACUCCAAUUUCAGUUUACAUUGGCUUUCACAAGUCCCUGCUGAAAUCGAAGAUAAGAGGUCGAGAUCUUGGAAUGGGGGAAGAGUGUUCAUAUCAAAAGAUGGGCCAGUGGAGGUUGGAGAGGCAUAUCUGCGUCAAUUCCAGAAGGAUUUCCACAGCUUUUUAAGAGCCCGUUCUGAAGAAGUAGUUGCAGGAGGUUGCAUGUUUCUGAGUUUGUUAGGACGUCCAGAUGAAUGUGAGGACCCCAGAGACCAAGGCCCAUUCGCCACUGUAUGGGAUAUUCUCCACGCUUCCUUCAAUGACAUGGUCAUUCAGGGAGUGAUAGAGGAGGAUAAAAGAGACUCUUUUAAUCUUCCCUUCUUUUCUCCCUCUUCUCUGGAGUUGAGAGCCGAGGUGGAGAAAGAGGGGUCAUUCACAGUGAAGAGAAUAGAUUAUUUCUCUGUACUUGGGCAGCCAAGAUUUGAGACAGAGAAUAUCAAGGAUGAGGAUAUUGGAAGAAUGGUGGCCAAUCAUUCCAGAGCUGUUCUGGAAGGCAUGAUUUCGGCUUAUUUUGGAAGUGAGGUGGUGAAUCCACUGUAUGAGAAUUUUGCAAAGAGAGCUGCAGGUAAUGCUUCACAAGUGAUGGAAUCCAUUCUUCACGGAGGAGAGUUCUUUGUUGUUCUUGGAAGAAAACAAGAUUGAGUUGACAGCUCAACUCGUUUUGUCUUUCAGAGUCAUACUUCCAGCUUAAAAUUGUUUUAUUUUAUUUUUUUUCUUUCAGAGUUUGGAAUAAAAUUAUUUGUGCUGACUCGUAUGUCCAGCUUGAAAUUGUUGUUUCUGCAAUUUCUUAUUUGUUUCCUUGUCAGGUUUCC